AUGUCUUUUAUUCUAUUGCUAACCAUUUUUGGCCUGGCGUCUUGCCAUCUUACCACAGUAACCCAUGAGCAAAUCGUGUCGAGAGUUCCGAGACAGUCUUACGGGUACCUCCCGGGAUACAGUCCCUUUUUCGUGAGUUUUUGUUCUAUUUCAAGAAAUGCCUUGUCGAAAAUCGGGCAAAGUCGGAAGGUGAAUAAUGGCCGCUAAAAGGGAGAGGCUCCAAAAAGGCCGCAAAAAGGCAGCAAAAAGGGUCCCUUUUUCGAGCCUUCCAUUUUUUUUUUUGGGUUUUUAGAGACCCAAGAAAUGGUGGAAAAAAGAGAGAGAGCAAAAAUGGUGCAUAAGAGCCGAUAAAAUAGCGCAAAAGGGCACCAAAAAGGACCCUUUUCCCCACCUUUUCCGAUUUUGCCUAUGCUCUGACUCUUCAAAAUUUUUAUUUUUUUAUUCAAGAUUGGAAUCAAACACUUUUGAAAAAUCUUGCAGAACCAGGUUUUGCAGCACGUUCUCGCCACGGAACCCCAUCAUGCCCGACGCGUCAAUAUUAUCUAUCCGUCCCAAAAUUAUCAAAAUGAACAAUUCACGAAACUUUGGAAGUCACCCGUCAGGAAUUACAGGUAUCAUUUUGAAUUGUAUCAGAAAAUAUUUGAAUUGACAAAAGAAAAAAAAAAUAUUGAGUAUAUAAACGUCGCUUUUCGUCAACCACAACGUGAUACGUUUCAGGUGAACUUUAUAAACCUUUUCUUAAAUCUCAGAAAUGAUAUUUGCAUGUCGGUUAUUCCAUGAGCCUGAAUGGCUUGAAAAAUGUGUCCCAGAACGUUUUUCCUCGAUUUUAAUGAUUUUAUUUCACUUUUUGCCCAUUUAACUUGCUCGAAAAUGCACAGAACUUACAAUUUUGUUAUUUCGGAACAUUCCCUGUUUUAAUUUUUUUUUUUCUUUUGCUCAACAUAAUUUACCUCUUGAAAACGUGGGGAACCUCACUCAAAACACCAAAAACGCGAAUUUCAAUGAAAUUUGAUUUCAAGGACUAAACUCUACUUGAAAAAAAAAUGUUUACACCAAAUUCUUUGGUUUUUGGCUUUGAAUGUUCUCUGAUCGUGAUUGGGAAGGAGAAAAAAAUUUAUGCGAAAGAAAAUAUAAGACACAUGAAUGGAAGGUUUUUAAAAAAUGAGAAAAAAAAAAUUUACUAUGGUUUUACAUUUUCAGAACUCAAAAUUGGCAGUCCCAAAUUUAUAAAGUAAAAAAUUGGCAGUCCCAAGUUUUUAAAAUGCAAAUUGGCAGUCCCAAGUUUUUAAAAUGCAAAAUUGGCAGUCACAAAUUUUCAAGCAAAAAAAUGACAGUCCCAAAUUUUUUUCCAAAUUCAAAAUUGGCAGUCCCAAAUUUCUUCCAAAUUUAAAAAAAUGUCAGUCCCAAAUUCUCGAAUUCAAAAAUUGGCAGUCCCAAAUUUCUUCCAAAUUUAAAAAAAUGUCAGUCCCAAAUUCUCGAAUUCAAAAUUGGCAGUCCCAAAUUUUUCAAGAUCAAAAAUUGGUAGUCCCAAACUCAUAGAGCAAAAAAAUGGCAGUCCCAAAUUUUUUCCAAAUUCAAAAUUGGCAGUCCUAAAUUUCCGAAUUCAAAAUUGGCAGUCCUAAAUUUCCGAAUUCAAAAUUGGCAGUCCCAAAUUUAUAAAUCGCGAAAUUGGCAGUCCCAAAUUUUUGAAACGCUAAAUUGGCAGUCCCAAUUUUAUAAAUACGCAAAAUUGGCAGUCCCAAAUUUCUUCCAAAUUCAAAAAUGGCACUCCCAAAUUUUCAAAGCUCAAAAAUGGCAGUCUCAAAUUUUUAAACGCAAAAUUGGCAGCCCAAAUUUUGAAAAAAUAAUUCUCCUACUUUCAUCCAAAAAGUACAGAAAAAAAGCCUUUUUUUCCUCUGGAUUAUGCUUUUUUUGAGACUAAAAAAAUCCAAAUUUUCACGUUCAUCUUUCACAAAAAAAUGUAGCUUUGAUAUUUAUUGAAAAAAAUAUUAAUAGUACAGAAAAAUUUAUGGAUAAGCUCGUUAAAAAAAUCGAAAAAUGCCUCAAAAAGUUUCAUUGUGAGUUUAAAAAAAGCAAAAAUUUCUUCUAUAGUUCGUUCCGACACAUGCUCCAGUGUGUUCAUUGAAGAAAUGAUGUGAAAAAAAGAUGAAUUGCAGAGAAAUGAGAAGGAGAUCAGUUCGUCCGGCGACCCUCACUUUUACUGGCCCGGCGAUUUUCACCGAUCAGUGGAUCGGGAACAAUGAUGCUUUUGAGCAACAGGUUCAUUUUUCUCGUCUGAAAAAAAAAACAUUGCACUCUUUGAAAUCGCAAAAAUACAUUUUAGUCGAAAGGAAACAUUUAAAAGUGAUAAAAAAUUUCGGCGAUAUCAUUUGCAAAAAGAGCAAAACGCGCCAUUUUUCAGAGUUUCAGCGACAAUUUCUUUAGGCAAAGUCGGAAAGGGUCGAAAAAGGCCCAUAGAAAUGUUCCUCUUAAGGUGACAAAGGCUCAUUCUUGCUGCCUUUCUAGGAAAAAUGUUUAAUGGCCACUAUAGUAGUCAAAUUAGUGGCCACUUAAGGGGUUAAAAAUUAGUAGCCACUAGUCUAAGUGCUACUACUAGAACACUAAAAUUUUAGUGGCCACUUUAGGGGACAAUGGAUCAACAUAACUGGUCCAAUCUGUUUGUUUUAAGAUUAUCAGAGUCACUGGAAGGAAUACUGGAAAAACUACUGAAGUGGGCAAUAAAUAGAGAACCUCUAUAGUGACCACUGAAACGAAAAAUAGUGGCCACUUUAGUGUCCUCUCCAAGUAGUUAUUGGCGAGCCCUCUAUAGUGGCCACUAACCUUUUUCCGAGAUUUCGGCUAUUAUGCACCAUUUUUGCUGUCUUUUUGCGCCAUUUCAUCGGCUAUUUUGCACCCUUUUUGCUGCCUCUCCCUUUUUUCACCAUUUCUUGAGCCUUUGAAAUGCCGGAAAAAUGAAAGGCUCGAUAAAGGGACUCUUUUUUGCCUUUUUGCUGUCUCUCUGCGGCCUUUUUUGAUCCUCUCAAUUUCAGCGGCCAUUAUCUACCAAUCAGAAUUUGCGCGAACAUGAAGAUUUAUAUAGUUUUUCAAAAUUUUACUUUAAAUUUCUUCUCAUUAAUAUUAAUUUUUCAGGCCUUCCGAAGGCUCGACCGCUCCCGUUUCAGACCUCUGAUUGAAGUGCCGCGUUAUCAAGGAUAA